AUGACGUCAUCCGUUUCUCCUGAAGAGCUAAUCUACAAAGCUACGGAAUCUCCGGAUACUUUUGUUUUUGGAGAUCUUAGGGACAUUAAAUGUGUUAAGUCGCUGGACCCGAAUUCAGAGCUGAGCAGUUUACUGAAUCUCUUUUGUUUCGGAACCUAUGGCGACCACAAAAAUCCGUCUUUUCCCUCCCUUUCUGCAGCUCAACUUCGUAAACUUCGCCAGCUUACUAUUAUUUCCGCCUGCGAAUAUCGGCAUCACAUCCCUUAUGAUGUUCUGCUCAAAAGUUUAGACCUCACUUCUCUUCGAGAACUGGAAGAUCUCAUCAUCGACCUUAUUUAUGCUGAUGCGAUCGUAGGAAAGUUGGAUCAGCAAAAAAGAAUGCUUGUCGUAGAAUCAGCUAUAGCACGAGACUUCAAACAGGAGGAUUUACCCAAUUUGAAGACGGAUUUGGAUUCGUGGAGCGAUCGGGUCAACUCGUCACUGGAAAAGUUGGCUAGUAAUGUUACUAAGGCCGCGUCGCUGAGGGCGGAAUGGGCCGAGAAUAGGAUUCGUAUAUCGGCUAACCAGAACAACAUUAAUUCAAAAAUUCAACAAGAGGAUAACAAAAUGGAUGUUGACUCCAAUAUGGAUGUAGAUGACCAGCUGGAGAUAUACUUAGAUGAUAACGGUGAGCCGUUAUUACUCCCUCGGCCUUCAAUUUCCACAUCCGCUAGUGGAGAGAAGGGUCGUCGGAACCCCUUGCGUGUCCUCCAAAAGGGACGCAAGAGCGGCAAAUAG